GUCCGCGUCACCUCGGUGUUACAUUCUCUGUGAGUUUAAAACCCACCUUGGAACCCGCUGCCGCCAAUUGCCUGUUGCGUUUGGUCGAGUCUGAACCCAUCUAAAGAUAUGGCCAUGCUCAGAGUGUCUUCUUACCGCAAGCUCUUUGAGGAAGACAGCUGGGGUCGUAAUGGAGGGUCGAGUGCGCGCUGUGCGGGGCAGUACCGGGCCUCCGUCAGGGCUGCAGCUGUUGACGACUGUGACUGUGACAAGUUAGACUUUGAAGCUGCAAAGGCUCUGAGCAAAGAGGGUCUGAGCCAGUUUGUCCAGGACCGCGCCAUCAUCGCUGCCCUCAAUGACCGCCUGGUCAGGCUCAUUGAACUGGCCCAUUGUUUUGAGGAGGAGAAUGAGUCCCUUGAAUGUCAGAUCGUUGAACUUGAGAAGAAGCUAAACAGUCGACAGGCCUCCUCAAGCAUCACCUCCACGGCGGUGGAGCCGGACUAUAGUCUGGACGCAGUGGUGGAAAGACUGCGCAAGCAGAGGGAUGAGAUCCUGUGUGACACAGAGGAGCUGUACAAAGAGCUGGAGCAUCUGAAGGAAGAGUACGAGAAAGCUGCACAGCAGAGGAUCCUCAUCCAGCACGAACGACAAGAUGUCGCUGAGGAAGUGGAUGCUGUGACAGCAGAGUGUUUGGCGCUGAGGGAGCAAGUGGCUAUCUACGAGGAGCAGCUGGCCAACAUGGAGGCCCAGCACAAGACGGCGGUGGAGAGUCUGCUGGAUCCAGAUGAAGAGACUACAGGAGGAGCCACUAUUAGAUUUGGCAGCCCUGACAUGACUCGGGCCCUGGCUGUAAAGGAGCACUACUGCCAGCUGACCGAGAGCCUGCAGUACGAGCGUGAUGUGUCCUCCUCUGCUGUGGUUCACGGUGGUGAUGGAAAGAAACUGGAAGUGGGAGGAACUGAAAGGUCAACAGUCAAAGACUUGGCAAAGAUAAAGGACGUCAGCGAGAUAAAGAUGCUGAUCUCAGAGCUGGAAAAGGAGCUGGCUGAGCUCGAGAAGUGUAAUGAGGAGUUGGAGGACGAGGUGGAGAUGAAGAAGGCUGCGUACAUGGACGAGAUUGCUGAGCUGGAGUGUACUUUAGAUGAAAUGAGGCAGCAGGAAGUCGACCUCCAAGCUCAGAUGAAGGAGCAGUGUGAAGACUAUAAGGAGCUGCUCAGCGAGAAGAUGGCCAGGGACAUGGAGAUCGCUGCCUACAGGAGUCUGGUGGAGGAAGAGGAGCAGAGACUGUGCAGCCUGUGAUUUCAGGCCGAAGAGUCGGACUGGUUGGCUGGAGUGUGGCUGGACGCUGCUAAAUGACACGUGGAUUAGAAAACAGGCAAAACAGGAAAGUGAAAAACAGACCCCCAAAUCAGCACUUCAGUGAAGCUUAUGGUACCAGUGCAGCAAUUUGAGCCGAUGUAAACUUAUCAUGACGGAUUAAUGCCGUCUGGAGGCCUAAGCUGGGUCACCGAUAACGGGUUGCUGGCAGAUGACCCUGAGACUCCAAGAAGGAUGGAGCUGUCUGAAACCGGUGGGAGGAUGGGUGAUGAGUGUGUAUCCCUCCAGUACGUGGCAGGGAUGCGUCCUUAAGUGGGUUUUAUCUUUAGCGGCUCACUGAUACAAUUCAUAUAUGUUUUGUCCUCUCUUUGUUGAACAAGUCUCACGCAGAUACAGACGCAAACAAGCUGAACUGCGCGGCUCCGCUGAGUCACUCCCGCUCUGAUACCACCUCGUCCAUCACUCAAACGCCGUCUGAUUGCCAAGCUCUUAACCUGUGACCCCUUCACUGUUAACAAACAUAUUGACAGCUCUCUCUUCGGUAACUAAAAGCAUCUUGCCGUCCCCGUGCUUUUACAGUCGUGCGCUCAUGUUGGUUUUGACAGUCGACUGUGCAGUGCUCUGUGUUUGCUUUUCAAAUGGCUCGUGAAGUUGUUUUUCUGCAGCUCUUUUCAAAAUGAGCACCUGGAUAUUUCCACAAAAAAAAGAAAAGAAAAAAAGUCGGCGUGAUUCAUUAUUUCUUCUUUGAAAGGCAACGUCCCCAAUUUUCUGUCAUUUCAGAAAUGAGCAUGGUAAUACAUUCCUCUGUAAUCUUUUCCUUAUUUUCCACACAACGUUAAAGCUGUCUAUGAUAAAUCAUUUUUUGGUUCCUGCCUCUGCACAAGCAUCAAAUGUACUUUAGAUUCAAAUGAAAUAAAACCAGUUGCUUGAGA